CUUGAAACUCAGGGGUUAAUAAACCCAAAGCACAUGCAAAGCUUGGCUCUGUUUGAAUCAAGAAGAGACAAGGCUUUAAGACACAUACUCCAAAAAGAAGCUGAAAUCGAACAAAAAAAGAGGCAGAUCGAGGAGAAAGAACUUGAAGAAAACCUAAUCCUUGCCCAGAAAGCCUUGGAGGAGAAAUAAGCUCAGCAACAAAGCCACCAACAAAAAGAUCAAAAGCAUGCUUCAAAAACAAGAAGAAGAGAAAUUUAUGAUAAAAACUAACAAAAAUGAAUACAAGGUAGAAUUCUUGAACCAUAUCCUUGACCAGGAAGAGACCAGAAGAAUCCAGGAUGCCAAACGUAAAGAACUAGAUGAGAAAUUCUCCAAAAAGAACGAGAAAUAUAUGAAGAAGCUUGAUAAAUAUAAGAAGAAAGUUUCUAAAACUCAUCGCUUGAAAGAGACCAAGCUACAGAAAAAGCUUGAAGAUAUAAACCAACGUGUUGAGAGACUCAAGGAAAGAAACCAUUCAAGGACCGAGACCUCUAAUGAAGAACGCCUCAGACAGAACAAGCUCAAGAUUGAACAACAGAAUAAGGAAAAAUGUGAGAAAUUACUCCAGAAAUUACAAAAAGAGGAACAAAAUUAUGAGAAAAUGAAGCAUGACUUGAUACUAGCUACAACUGAGAAGCCAUUCGGCCAUAAGAAAGAUGAGACUGACCCGAAGGAGAGGAUCAAGCUCCAGAGAGAAAGACUGUACCUCCAGCAAAAAGAAGACCAGUUGAUAAAGUUACACAGGAAUGAAGAAAUUCUUAAGCAACGUCAAAAAGCAAGACAAGAGGCUACUGAGCAGCUCAAAAUUGCUAAUGAGGAGAAGAAUAAGCGCAAAGAAAUGGUUAAACAGAGGUAUCUGAAAAAGCUUGAGCAAAAGAGAGUCCAGUUCAGUCGUAAGCUUAAAAGGGAGCAGAAGAAAGCUGAGGAAUAUGAGAUCCAGAAAAGAAAUUUAAUGGAAAACAAAUACACCAACCAAAUGAUCGACCAGAUGAAGAUCCACUACUACAAAGAAAUGUACUACACCAUGAAGAUAAAUAACAAGACUGGAACGAAAGAAUUUGACAAAAUGACUAAAAAUCUUGUGUCAAUUCCUAAAGAAGACCUCGAAACCGGAGGUAGUGUCUCAAAGGAUCGUGUACAGAAAUAGAAUCAAUUCUGCCUUUGGCUUUGCACUAAAUCAGUUCAGCAAUGCUAAGAACAUCAAGCCUAUUAGAAAUAAGAGCUUAUUAGCCCUGACUCAGUCGAUGAACUCUGGUAAGAAAACGCAGAAAAGAACUAAGGGAAGAAGUUCUGCAUCUCAAGGCUAUUUACCGACAGAUAUUUACUCCAAAAAUAUGACUAACUCAAGCAAGGAUGGGAAUAAAUCAGGCAGUGCCAAAAAGCUUAAGCCUGUUGAGGAAAUAAACCAAGCUAAGAACAUCUUCAUCACCUCUAACGAAGAUGACGAGGGGGUUGAGAUUACAAGAGAGGCUCAUAAUUCUUUUGAUAAGCCAGAAUCGGAUAAGAAAGAAGCCAUUUCUCAGAAUGAAGAAGAGCCGAUCCAAGAAAGCAGUAAAGAUGCUUCUAAAGUAUAAUUUCAACAGCUCCA